UCAGCACUGUCAUGCCCAUCCUGGAACUCUGGCUGCUCCAGGCAUUCUGGCUGCAGGCCUUUACCCUAGGCUGCCCCCUGCCCCACAUGGAGCGGUUUGAGGUGGUGCUGCCCCAGCGCCUGCCAGGACCCCGUGCCCGCCGAGACCUAUCUUCCCACUUGGGCUUGUACCCGGAGACUGUGAGCUACGUGCUGGGUGCCCAAGGCCAGAGCUUUACCUUGCACUUACGGAAGAACAGGGACCUUCUAGGCACCAGCUAUGCUGAGACCUACAGCAACAAUGGCUCCGAGGUGACAGAGCAGCUGUACCUGCAGGAGCACUGCUUCUACCAGGGUCACGUGGAGGGGCAUCCAAGCUCGGCCGCCAGCCUCAGCACCUGUGCUGGCCUCAGGGGCUUCUUUGAGGCAGGCUCAGCCGUCCACCUGAUUGAGCCCCUGGACGGGGCUGAAGAGGCCGGGCCACACGCCCUAUACCUGGCUGAGCAUCUGCAGCAGGAAUCUGGGACCUGUGGGGUCAGUGACACCAGUCUCGACCACCUCUUGGGGCCUCGAGUCUCUGCAGCCUUCAGGCCUUGGCCCCAGAAUGGGCUGCUCUCCCGAGAGACCCGUUUCGUGGAACUGUAUGUGGUCACAGACAGCGCAGAGUUCCAGAAGCUGGGGAGCAGAGACGCCGUGCGCAGGCGGGUCCUGGAGGUGGUGAACCACGUGGACAAGCUUUAUCAGAAACUCAACUUCCGUGUGGUCCUUGUGGGCCUGGAGAUCUGGAACAAUGGGGACAAGUUCCAAGUCAGCCCCAACCCCGAGGUCACGCUGGAGAAUUUCCUCACCUGGCGGGUGCAGGACCUGGCAGGCCGGCACCCCCAUGACAAUGUACAGCUCAUCACGGGUGUCGACUUCACUGGGACCACUGUGGGCCUGGCCAAGGUGUCUGCCAUGUGCUCCCACCAAUCAGGGGCUGUGAACCAGGAUCACAGCCAGAACCCUGUGGGUGUGGCCUCCACCAUGGCCCACGAGAUGGGUCACAACCUGGGCAUGGACCACGAUGAGAAUGUCCAGGGCUGCUACUGCCCUGUGCCCCGGACGGGUGGUGGCUGCAUCAUGGCGGCCAGCAUUGGCUCCUCCUUUCCCCAGACAUUCAGUCACUGCAGCCAGGCUGACCUAGAGACAUUUGUGGAGAAGCCACACACAGCCUGCCUGGCCAACACCCCUGACCUGGAUCGGCUGGUGGGCGGCCCUAUGUGUGGGAACCGGUUUGUGGAGCACGGGGAGCAAUGUGACUGCGGCCCCCCCCAGGACUGUCACAACCACUGCUGCAAUGCCACUACCUGCCAGCUGGCCAAGGGGGCCGAGUGUGCCGAGGGCGCCUGCUGCCAUGAGUGCAGGGUUAAGCCAGCUGCUGAGCCCUGCCGCCCCCAGAAGGAUGAGUGUGACCUUGAAGAGUUCUGUGAUGGCCGGCAGCCCACAUGCCCAGAAGAUGCCUUCCAAGAGAACGGCACGCCCUGCCAGGGGGGCUACUGCUACAACGGCAGCUGCCCCACCCUGGUCCAGCGAUGCCAGGACUUUUGGGGGUUUGGUGCACGGGCUGCCGCAGAGACCUGCUUCUCCUACAGUGUCUUAGCAGGAUGCAGGUUGCAGGGCCCCCUUGGCAUGGAGAGGGUCAAGUGUGGUGUCUUGCUCUGUGAAGGGGGGCGGCAGCCCCUGGAGCGAAGCACCUGUACCUUCAACCCCUCCUCAGCUGUGUGCCAAGCUCUUGCCACUGACAACGGUGCCGCCUAUGAAAUGGUGCCUGAGGGCACCAAGUGUGGCCAGGAGAAGGUUUGCUGGGAAGGACGCUGCCAAGACCUCCAAGUUUAUAGAUCCAGAAACUGCUCGGCUCAGUGCCAUGGCCAUGGGGUGUGCAACCACAAGAAGGAGUGUCACUGUCACCGGGGCUGGGCUCCACCCUUCUGCACAGAGCUGCUGAGGGAUGUGCAGGCAGCAUCUGGGAGCCUCCUUGUCAGCGUGCUGGUGGCUUUUGGGGUCCUGGUGUUCGUGGCAGUCAUCCUAACAGUUCUUAUCAUCUACUGUAAGGCCCGGAGCCAUGUCCAGAAGAGGGACAAGGCCCCCAAGACCGCCUCAGGGCUUUUCAACCCUCUGUUCCGUGAGGGUGCAGGCAGCAAACCAGCCCCAGGCAGGGCCCCAGCACCCAUGCAGGGCCCCUCAGUGCCAGUCCCCAGGGCCCCCACCUCCUGCCCCAGCCAGUCCCCCAGGCCUAAGGUGUCCUUGAUGACCCCAAAGAGGAAGCCAUCCCCUGCUCUUCCCUCAUCUGUGUCCAGCCCACCCUUCCCAUUUCCUGUCUACACCCAGCAGUCUCCAGAGCAGCUCAGACCUGCUGCAUCCUCCAAGCCCUUCCUAGAGCUCAAGCCAAAGCAGGUGGUCAAGCCAACCUCUGCACCCCCGAUGCCCCCAGUCAAGCCUGGAGUUGGAGGAGCCAAGGUUGGUUUGAUGCAGGGGGUUGCUGGCCCAAAAGUCCCCCUGAAGCCCCCAGUUCAGAGGAGGUGAUGGGGCCAGAACUCCCACAGCACCAUGGAGGGGGUGCCUUUGUGUGCCUAACUGGAAGUUUGGAGACAUCACAAGGGAAGAGCAUUGCAAGCCCACAGGCAGAUCCUCUCUACUCAAGACUCCAAGGUUGGACCCUCAGCUUCUGCCCUGACCUCAGGAGAGUCCAGCUCCUCAUGGCCAGCCCCUUAACACCUGUGUUGGCCACGCCUUGUCUGCAGUUGCCAGGCUGGGUAUGAGUGUCAGCUGCUGUGUGUGUGUUGGUAGGUGGCCACUGGCCUCCACUGGCUCCUCAGUGUGUUCAGGAGACCAGGGCUCGUUCCCUUCAAGCUGCCUCUGCACCUGCUCUCAGGCCUGCUGGUGGUCCCAGGCACACAUGUGUGUGGGGCAUCACCAGAAAGACAUCUCUAGCUGAGAACCCCAUCCCAAGAUCACGUUACCUCUGAAUACUUCCUCUAUAAAGAGGAUGUCAGUGAGUCAACUGUAUUUACAUCCAGACUCCAAGUCCCUUCAUUUUUGGAGCCUGUUUCCCAUGAGAGUUAAGAAGGAAAAGCCCCAUCCCAGUAGUGUGCAUGCGCGCAUACACACACACACACACACACGCGUGCGUGCGUGUGUACACGUGAGUGUGCGUGUACAUUGUGCAUGCACACAAAUGUACUCCUGUGCUUAAAUUCAGAGGUCCCUUUUAUUUAAAGGGCCGUGGAGAGAAGCAGCUGUCUUGUUUCCAGUAACCUCAGGUGCACAUUUAUCAGGGCUAAAAACUUUUCCUUACAAUGAAAAAUGUGUGUUUUUCCAAAAAAUUAUUGCCCAAAUUCUAAUGACGAGAGAUUGUUAUUGGCUCCAUGGGAAGAGUGCAUGCUCAGCGACACACAAUUCAAUUUACAAGAUAUGAGGGUACUGUGCUUGUUAAAAUGUA